AUGAUAUUACAUUUCACCACAUCUGCUGUUUCUACAAACUCCACAGCUCAAUCCAUUGGGAUAUUGGAUAGUGUAAAGUUGAGUGUACACUGCAUCAAUUUUCUGUUUGGCCUUCCUGCACACUCCUAUGUGAUAUGGCUCAUCAUCACAGGAACAGGAAGUGGAGUUGCAUCAGAGUUCAUCAUUCUCAAUCUCUCUGUUUGUGAGAUUGCAAACUGUCUGAACUCUUUGUUCACUGUGCUUGAUAAUAUUUCUUGGUUUUCAAGUGUCACAUUAUUAACAUAUUUUUUAGCAGGAUUCUCCAUCACUGGUCGUCCUCUGUUUCAGUGUCUGAUGUGUGUUGAGCGUUAUGUGGCAGUGGUUCAUCCUGUAACCUUUCUGAAGUACAAACCUCUCAGAUACAGAGUGAUCUGCUGCACUGUGGUCUGGUUUUUUAGUUUUUGCUCCUGUUUGUGUAGCAUAUUUACUUUAGUCUUACUUAACUUCUACAUUUAUGCAUGCAUAAACUCGGUUCAGUUCCUUCUCCUCUUCUCCAUCCAGUUGUUUUGUCUUGUGGCUGUUCUCAGAGCUCUGAAGCAGUCAGGACCAGGAGAGAGAGGGAGAGAGGGAGAGGAGGAAAAUCCCAUAAAAAGAAAAGCAUUUUAUCUUAUUUUAAUAAUUACCAUAAACAUGAUGAUGAUAUAUAUGCCCUUUACUGUUUCAGGAUUCGUUUACAUGCUGACACAAAACAGUUUUGAUGAAACUUUGUCUAUUGGUAUUAUUUGUUUUAUUCUGGGUGGUUUUGUUCAGCCGGUUCUUUCUCUGCACCGGGGUGGGAAACCCUCAUGUCUCUGUUCCCCAUAA